UCAAGACUGUAGGUGGGUUGAGACAGACGAAGUACUUUUGAGUUUGGUUAAUAAAUUAUUCCUUGAACUUUCGUGUGAAAUCUUGCCAUCCCUUCAUGUCAGUGACGUUAGAAAACAUGGUUGCAAAAUACGCCUCUGCAGUAAUACCUGCACGUAAACACGUUUAAAUUGCACAUAUACAAAGGCGUCAAGUAUUGACCUUGUUCCGUGUACAGGUAGGAUACAUGCAUUUGGGCUUACAGCGGCAUAUCCCUUCAGCCAUUCUAGCUCGUUCAAAAUACUGGAGAAGUUGCUGUAACUGUGGGAUCCAAAAUGACCAACGUUGUUGUACAGAGUUUCUCUGAGUUAUUCGCUACCAUUGGUUUGCCGACAGUUAUGAUAUUCGCGGCAGUGUUGUUGUUAAGUCUGUGGAUCCUGUCAUCCAGCAAUCCUCGGGUGAACUGGCCGCCCGGACCAUUAUGUUUCCCCGUGGUGGGAUGUCUCCCUCAGCUGAUGAUCAGCGGUAAAAGACGACAACCGACAGAUCUUCUUCCAUGGUAUGAUACAUACGGAGAUAUCAUGCACAUCAAACUUGGAGAACAACACAUGAUAAUGCUGGGGACUUAUGAGUUGAUAGAAGAGGCCUUCGUGAAGAAUGCAGCUACAGUCAGUGCUAGGCCUACCUGGGUAUAUUUUUUAAGACAAAUAGUAGGAAAAGACGGUGCUGGAGUUUUAUUUAAAAACGGACACGCAUGGAAGGAGCUGAGGAGAUUCACACUCUCGUCCCUUCGAGAUUUCGGCCUUGGGAGAAAAAGUUUACAAGAAAAAAUUCAGGAUGAGGCCAGAUACUUGGUGCAAAGCAUUGAAGAUGAAAAUGGAAAGGCUUUCUCUCCAAGGGAUAGGGUUGGAAAAGCUGUCAACAACAUAAUUUCUUUCGUAGUGUUUGGAGCUAGAUAUGACUAUGAUGAAACCCCAGCGAUGUUGCCAAUUUUGGAGGAAUCCUUGAGAAUGAACAAAGGAGGCCCAUUGUCAUUUACCAACUUGGUGCGCUUCUUCUUGCCGAAGAAGAAGUUCGCCCUCUUGGAUAAAUUCUAUAGUUUGGUAAGACAGGAGGUAGAACGACAUCGCCAGUCCUUUGAUCCAACUGACAUCCGGGACUUCAUUGACCUCUAUAUAAAGGUCACUCAAGACAGACUAGAUCCAGAGAUUUUCACAGAAUGGAACGUAUUCCGCAUAAUAGUAGAUUUGUAUUUGGCUGGAACUGACACAACAGCAAAUACUUUGAGAUGGUCCCUUAUCCACAUGGUAAAUCACCCGGAUGUACAGAAGAGGGUACAGCAGGAAAUUGAUCAGGUCAUAGGUCAAGGUCGUGUUGCCAAGAUGGAGGACAAGGCCAGGAUGCCGUUCACUGAAGCAACCAUCCUGGAGGUCUUUCGCAUGUCUCCUGUUGCUCCCUCUGGUGUUCCCCAUGCCACCAGUGAAGCGACAACUUUGGCCGGAUACACAAUUCCCAAGGGCACCAUAAUACUGGGAGAUUUGUACCGGGUUCUUCACGAUAAAAAUAACUUCGAGGAUCCUUACAAGUUCAAACCAGAAAGAUGGCUGGAUGAUGAUGGAAAAGUGAUCAAGUCGGACAAAAUGAUACCAUUUUCCAUAGGGCCUCGUAUUUGCCUGGGUAAGGGACUGGCUGAAAUGGAAUCGUUCAUUUUCUUCACCACGUUGCUUCAGAACUUCACCUUCAAGGUACCGGAGGGGGAGAACCCGCCCAGUGGAGUAGAGGGUCUGCAUGCCAUAACUUUCUCGCCACACGAUUACAGUGUGUACGCAGUUAGGCGCUAGAAAUAUACUGACUGGAACGAUAAACUGAAUCUUAGGUUAUAAUUUAUUAAAAGCAGCAUUUUAGCCCACGCCUCACUUACUAUAAAUAUCAUUACAUAUACACCUUUGGUAUUGAA